AUGCAUCCGCCAUUUCAGUAGGAGUUACAAAUAAGAGGAGUGAAUUAGGUAAACAUAUCUGAAGCAAUAAUAGUUAAGAUUGUCAGUCGAAACAACAUAAUCAUGAGUGGAGGAGUACCUUACUUGGGAAGUAAAAUCAGUUUGAUAUCCAAAUCCGAAAUUCGGUAUGAAGGAAUAUUGUAUACAAUUGAUACCAAAGAAUCUACGGUUGCUUUGGCAAAAGUUCGUUCUUUUGGAACUGAAGACAGACCAACUGACCGUCCUGUUGCCCCUCGUGAUGAAGUGUAUGAAUACAUCAUAUUCAGGGCUAGUGACAUAAAAGAUUUACAUGUGUGUGAGCCUCCUAAGCCCCAGCCCACACUGACUGGAGGCUUGCCUAAUGAUCCUGCAAUAGUUCAGGUAACCAGUUCCUGGGGCAGGCUCAGCACUUCUUCUAAUCUGUCAGUAUGUAUGCACUCGGCACCAGUGUCUGGUAUGCCAUUUCCGCCCACUUCUACUUUUAGCCAACCAGGAACUUAUGGACCUAUUGGAGCCAUUCCACCUUAUCAGUCAUAUGCACAGCCUUCACAUCUACCACAACCAUUCAUGAUGUCUGCUUCACAGUCGGGAUCUAGGUCAGAAACUCCCACACCCACCCCACAGCAGAGAAAGAGUCCCACCAUGGAUGCAGGUGUUCAGACAUCUGGCGGCUCUGUACAAGUUCAGGAAGAGCCAAGGAAACAACGUCAAGGUGUACCUCAAAGAUCAACCAAUAUCAGUCGUCAAGCAACGAGACCAGCAAACGUACAAAUAAAUCAACAGCCACAGUUUACCCAACAGCAACAGCAAAGGAGACAGUUUUCAACAAGUAAUCGUGGUCAACAAAGAGGAUGGUUUCAACGUCGACCCAGAGGUCCUAGAUUCCGCCAAAACCCAGCCAAUAGAAGGGAUGUGCUACAGUUUGAAGGAGAAUAUGAUUUUGAACAAGCAAAUGCAGAGUUUCAAGAACUUGAGAACAAAUUGGCUAGAACAAAGAUAGAUGAUAAGAAGGACGAUUCUGGAAAUGAAACGCAAGCUGGUGAUGUACAAGAUGAGGAUGAUGUCGUUUAUUAUGAUAGGAGCAAGUCUUUUUUUGAUAACAUUAGUUGUGAGGCCUUGGAAAGAAGCAAGGGAAACUUGCGACGUGUGGAUUGGCGACGUGAAAGAAAACUGAAUGUGGAAACUUUUGGAAAUUCGGCUAACUUAUCUCGCCGUUACCCCUGGCGAGGUGGUCGUGGUGGUUUUAGAGGUUAUCGAGGUAGAGGUGUGAUGAGAAGUAAUAGGGGAGAAGGUCGAGGAGGUAUGUUAUGAUGUGGCUUCAGAUCCCAACUAAGCAGCACUCCCACUAAAGAAGUGAAUGCGGUUUAAACUCUUGAAGCCACUUGGUAAGACUUCUGUAAUCCAGAAUUUGAAGUAUUGGCCUGCCACAAAAUCACUUCUUCUCUGGCACUGUUUUAAAUUGUGAAGAGUUUUUUUUGUUUUUUUUGGUUUUUUUUUUUUUCCUUUGUAAAUUUUUCUGUUUUGGCAAAGGUAUAUGCCUUGGCUCUUCACUCUGCUGAACAGGGUGCCUGAAUAAGCAAUUAGUAGGAGUGCCCACUGUUGCCUUUCAAAUGCCAAGUUGCUUGUUUUCAACUUCAACUACUUGCAACCUUGGACACCUGAACAUUAAAGUCAAAGGAAAUGUCAGUUUAGUUUAAGUUUUUAAUCUUGUAAGUGGUGGCUAGAAUUUGACAGAUGUUUUUGUAGUAUGUUUAUUUUGAUCAAACUAAAAACUUAUAAACAAAUUUGGGUUUUUGGAAGCUAAGAAACCAGUAACUGCUGUAUGUUAUUACAAUGAAUAAAAAAUAUUUUUGUUACAUGCAAGUUCAAAUAUUAACAAUUGGUUCUCCCACAAAAAAUCAUUGUUCACAUAAUUAAUUCGAUUUCAUUUUUGCAUACAAAGCUUUUAAGUGAUAAUAAUGACCAUUUUAGCUAGAAGUAGAGGAGGAGUUAAAAAAAAAAAAAUAUUUUGAAGGAAGAUUCUUCUCUCUCUCUCUGCUUGUGGAGUUAGAUUUUUUGUAUAUUCAUACAAUGUAUUAUUAUUAUUAUUAUUGUAAAGAUAUGUUUUAUUUGAAAAAGUCUUGGAUAUAGAAGUUCCCAAGUGUUAUUCUAGCUCAUACUGUACUCUAGUUUAAUUAGUUUAAAUUUAAUAAAUAGAAAAUGAGUUUCACCCACAAUUGUGUGUAACUUUUGCUAUUUGUAAACAUGUUUUCUAUGUGUAAUAAAUAUAUUCUUUUUCUUAUUGAUUAGCCUGCAACCUUUGUUCGUUACUUUUUUUUCUAUAUUGAUAGGUUAUUAAUGUAUAGAUUGCCUUGAUUAUUUACUUAGAAUACCCAUAAACUUGUGACAUUUAUAUAUUUUACUCUGAUGCAGAGGGGAGGGGGUGUGUAGUAAGUUAUCUUGUGAAUUCAGAAUGUUAGUGUUUAGUACUGGAAAGGUGGAGACCUGUUUCUUGUUACUUUGUCAUUCAAGUAUGUUGGUGGUUACUAAUGCAGUGGGGAUGAGAUGGCUACAUAUGAUUAUUAUAAUUUAAUUUGUGGCUAUAAUGAAAUAAGGCCUUUCACUUAAAGGGUUUAAGCAAUAUCCCAACUGCCAUGAAUUUUCUGUAAAUAACCCAUGUUCUCCACUCUUGUACAUGUUGAAAACAAUAAAAGAAUAUAAAAGCAA